AUUUUUCAAUUCGAUACUAUUACCAACAAUAAGAAAGUAAAAAUGUGAGAAAUAAUGCACACGAAAUAACGCUAUGCAAACGGAAACGUUUCUAACGCUUCGUUGUUUAGUAAAUGACUUUCUUGUCCCUUUCAGUUUCUUUAAGAGAAUCAUUAAUUAUAUUAAUACGAGAGUAUGGAAAUGAAUGUAUUCUUCGAUAUUCUUCGAUAUCAAUUGCGUCAAUGUUUUCUUUCUUAUUCGAGAAUAAAUUCUUAUCUUCCACCUGUUCACACCUACGUGAACUACGCGAUUAGUUUAGCGAAGAAUUGCCAUCAUUUGCCACGAUCCAACCAGAGAAUCGUUUGGCAUGGCGGCAAAGAACCUGUUCUGUUUAGUUCACUUCAACUUAUUGUUAGAAUAAGUAGUGACUAUCAUGACUGGUUUUUUCACUUACGUAACUUAUUCCUAUCAAAGUGAAUAUUUUCUAUGAAUCGUAUCAGCCUGAGUCGUGACGAAUUUGGUCAAGAUUCGAAUAAAGAUUAACGCCAAAGUCGAAUAGAAACGUGAAAAGAAGUGUAGGAUAUUAGUUUGGCAGAGAGAGUUACGAUCAAAUCGGCCGAACGAAACAUAAACAAUCACCAUGGCAAAGGAAAUGAUGAUAGUAUUCGUUUUUGACACAUCAAGAUGUUGCAAAGAAGAAGAUGAUCCUGGAGAAGCAGUUAUGUACUUUCAUCCGGCAUGGGUAUCACCUACCCAAAGACUCGCUUUAGCAGGCCAAUUAAUGGGUAUUAAUCAAUUCUUAGCAACAUCAUUUUCUCCACCACAUUCAGUUUGCCUACAAGGUGGAAAAUUUGUCUUUAAAAAAUUUGGCCAAUAUAUAUUGGCAGUAGGAACGGACAGGAAUAUACAUGAUUGGGUUUUAGAAAGAAGAGCAAAUACUUUGGAAUCAAUAUUGACGUUUUUUCACUGUGAUCUCGUAAAAAUAUCCGAAUCUUUCAACAACGAUAGAAACAAAUUUACUGAGAAGCUAUAUCAAAUGUUUGAAACUUAUUUACCAAUUCUUCAAUACAGUGCCAAUUUAUUUUCUAAUAUCCCUGUUAUUAAACUUCCAAAGAGUGCCAGUAAUAUAUUUUUGGAAGCAAUACAAAUUUUACAAUAUUGCCAAGAGACUAAUGGAAUAAUGGGUGGUGCUCUAUUUUACAAUAACAAGGUAGUUGCUACACAAUUAAGCGCAGAUUUAACUAAGCAAAUAGUUAUAAUGGAUCCAUAUAGAAUAAAGGCGCCUGCAGAGAGAGUAGAUACAGAAUUUCAUUUGCCUGUAGGAGUUCAGUUGCUACGAGUAUAUAUAAAAGAAAAGCAAUAUACUGAAUUAGUGCAGGAAGCAAAUAACGAACGUUACUUAAAUUCGUAUGUGGAUUCUAUGGCACAGAAAUUGUCUUCUCAGAAAAAGAGCAUGCGUAAGAACAGUAUGAAAGAACCACAUAUGUCUGGAACAAAACGCGACAUGUCACGAAUUUUUACGGUACCUGAAGAAGGAGAGUUAGAACCAAUGCACUGCAAUAAUGGUACGACCAAUAUUUCUUCUCUUCCUAUCACUGUAUAUAGUUCACCGGUGAAGUGUAAGCAAGAGUAUAAAAUAGAAUCUAAUGAAUAUACGAAUCCACAAACACCAAGCGUAUGUUCUACGCCUCUGAAAGAUGUAAAUAGAGUGCUACACGGAUCAGCUGUUCUAAUAUGCAGUAUGAACGAUAGUGCUGAUAUUUCGAAAGAAAAACAAGAAAAAGAAUUGAAAGAAAUAAAAGAAAAUAUGGAUGACAUUCCAGAUGUGGUCAAAGAAGCGCUUCGUUGUAAACAUUUAAACAAACUAAAAAAUCCUUCUGCCAGAAGAAAAUCAUGGAGAAGCAAAGACCCAAUAAAAAAAAGUUUAAGCACAUCCGAUCUAGAAAUUUCUUUGGAUAAGAUUUCGUCUGACAUUCCACUUAGAACAUAUACAUUAGGAUUACCAAAUUUAAAUAAAAAUUUGCAUGUUAAUUGCGACAUGGAUAUGUUAACUAGUAAAUUAUUGCCAGAAAAAAACACUUUCCAUACGAUAACUGAUCCGUGUUAUCCAGUAUUUCGUUCUGACGGAUUACCUGUUUCGCAAGCAUUAUACGAACAAUACAUAGCUUCACAUUAUGAGGAACUUCAAGAUGAUAGCGCCACAAUAAAUGAUUACAUAGACAAUCGUUUUCUUUGUUUACCCGAUUCAUUAGAAUCAUCGAAUAAAGUAUCUAAGGCAUACAAUGAAAAUGCUAGCAGAGAUCUAAAGAAAGAUGAAAUUGCUGCACCUUGUGAUGCAAAAGUUGAUAACAAAAGUAAACAAGAAUCUAAUAGAAAAGGUAUGAGUUUACCUUUGAAACCGCUAAAUAUUUUGGAUAAUGAUGAUAAAUGUAAAUCAGAAUCCGAAUGUAAUAACGAAUACAAUUUUUUGCAAAAAAGAAAAUUAGAAGGAUUGCAAUUAACACCUCUUAUGUCUAAAUUGACCUUACUUGCCGAUGAGCGUACCAGUGGUUUUUGCAGCAAAGAAACAACACCUAGCGAAUUUCGUGAUAUAUUUGGAUUUUCUUCUACAACAAAUCAGUUAGUGAAACAGAAAUUAGAAGCGGUAAGUAAGGAAACGGAUAAAGAGAAUGAAAGUAAAUCUGAUGAAAGUGAAUGCGUCGGUGCUACUAAAGAUGAAAGUAAUAUAGUACAAAUAGAAUUGUUCCUUUGUGGACAUCAAAAUAUGGUAUUGGUUUUAUUAAUGGAAAAUGGAACUGCUAACAAUCCAGACUUGAUACAUUCUCUUUGGCAGACUUGUAUAAAAACACUUGGCGGACUCGAACUUCAAUUACAACAAUGUUUAGAUCCACUUCCGUCAAACGAAAAUAAAGAAUUAUAUAGUAUUUUAAGCGUCGAUGCAGAAUGGGAUACGAUUAAUCGUUCUGGACUUUGGGGUGUCACAGAAUUGGACAUGGUAUCGUGUCUUCACGAUAGAUUCAGACAAGCCAGUAACCUUACCGAUGUUAUCGUUCGGACCGAAGAUGCCGUCGUUUAUGGUAAUCAAUGUGGACAGAUAGAGGUGUUUUAUCAACAAGCGGUAGCUCCAAAUAUAUCAGGAGGCCUUCCAACGCCGGCAGAUCUAAUGGGAACUAUAUCUUUGAAAGCCAAACGUAGACUUGAAAGAGACCAUGGAAUCGUAUUACUUUAAACUUUCGUUUUUUUAGUAAAUUAAUGAUUAUCUAUUUAUUGACAUUAAAUAGAACUCUCUAAAUUGAUUUUAUUAGACAUUGUGAGUAAAUUCAUCUGUCGAGUUAUUAACAUAUCCGAAACCUAGCUUAUUCAUAUGGAAAUCUAACGAGUGAUCUGAUCUAUAAUAAUAUUAUCGUUGCAUAUUCAUAAUUAUGUACAGGCCAUGAUAUAAUAUUUUGUGGGAAAAAAGAAAAUGAAAGAAAAAAAAGCCGAAUAACCAAUUAACAGUAAUAUAUCUUGCUUAGAAAAAGUACUUAAAUAUUUUUAAUUGAUAAAAAUGAUGAAAAAUAUUUUCGGACAUACAUAAACUUUAAGUAGAUAUUUUUUAAAUCGAAUUUUUAUAAUUCAAAGUAUUCUUUAAGCUUUAAUUUUGACCACUUAGCAUACGAUUCUUAUUUUUAUGACUAUGGUAUCUUAAUCUUAUUUGUAUAUUUAAGUGAUUUUAUUUUCUUUUUUUUUUUUUAAGAAAAAUGAAAACCUUAACUAAUUAACAUUAUCCUUAAGCAUAAUAUUUGUUCUCACAAUUUGAUACUGUUUGGAUAAUGUCAUUUUCUUACUGAGAUAAAAGUUUGAUAUCAUUCACCAGCAGUAUUUGAUAAUUGAACUGCUACGAAACAUUAUUUUCUCAAGCAUAACAGAUACUAUAUUUUGAUACAUAUAAAUAAUGUGAUUUAUACCCAUAAUUGUUAACACAUUCAAUAAUAUAACUAUGAAAGAGAGUUUGUCGAAAAUGUAACGAAAAAGAGAAGUAAAUAUAAAAGUGUCCUUAUAUCUCAGUUUCUACAAAAAAAAUCAUUUAUGAGUCUAUCAGCUACUUUCUUAAGCUUUUAUCUGUCAAACUGAAAUAAGUAAUGCUUACAUAAACAACGAUAACUAAUAUAAUAUGUUAAUAGAACUUGUAAUACCAUUUUGAAAACUGACAAUGAGUUUAAUUCACUUUUACAAGUUAUUUCAAGUUACAAGUUAUUUCAGUAUGUAUGCGUACAUUCUAUAUGUAUACAUAACAAACAAUCAUAGGAGGUAUUUAUUCUUUAAGUAGUCAAAUAAUAUCACUCCAGAAUUACAUCUAAUAUCAUUCAUUUGUACUCAUAACUGCAAUAUAUGUAGAUUUUAAAACUGAUGUAUACAAAAUAUUCAAGAAUUCAAGAUAUUAAAUGAAGGUUAAUAUAGGAACAUAUAAUAAGAAUGAUAUCAUGACUUAUUCUUGCGUGCUAUUACUUCUCAGCAUAUUACUUUACAGUAAUAUUCUCAUCGUUGGAUCGUUAUGUUAUUUUAGAACAUACAAAAUAUAUUAUUUUAUUAUUUACAUGUGGUUAAGUUGAACCUGAUGGUUGAUUCGUGUAACAUAUUUUUUAUAAUUUAUGUAAUAGAUUAUAAUAACGAUAAUAACAUACAAAAUCUUGUAUAACAAUGUACUUAUGUUAUUUAUACAUAUGUUUAGUUCUUUUAUUCCAAUUAAUGUCUAUUAUAUAUGUAUAAACAUGGAUGUAUAAGAAGGUUCGCUCUUUUAUUAGAGAUACAUUGUACGUAGCACCGAUAAUUACACUAACAAAUCUUAAUUAGUCGUAGAUUUUGAUGAUAGGAAACUAAUUGUAUCGUACUUGAAAAAACUCAAUUGUAGAUAUUCUGAAUUAAGUUGUGAUCAUUUACCGAUAGUACUUAAAACAUGCUUUUUGUAAUUUUAACCGUCGCAUAGUCUAGUCCUUUGAAUGACUUUUUAUAAAAUGAAAUAUAAUCCUGCUUGCCAAAUAAUCUGCAUUAUAUCAUGGAUAACCAGACAUUUAUAAUUAUUUAUUCAUUUAUGUUCUAAUUUAGUCAAGUAAUUGAAAAACAAUGGUCAAGAAAUAGUCUCAAAGAGGUCUAUUUGAUAGCUUCAUUUCGCGCGAAAGGCGAUUCAAAAUUUGGCGGGAUUAAUGAGAGAUGUUACGUCAGAAAAAGGCGUUGCGGUCGCUUAGAAAAACUAAUCUCGAAGCAGCCAAUCAACGAGCAGCGUAUUAAUGCGCAAAGGCAAAGAAAACCGCGAUCUCGCCGCCUGUCAGUCAGUAAUGAGAAACGAAUGCUCUGUCAAAAUACUUACGAGCGUCGCUGGAUUUUUCGCGAGCGAACAUAUAUAGCGAAUAGACAUAUAAGUGCGUAAUUUCUAAUCUUCAUUUCUUGAGAAAGACUUGUCACACGCGAUAAGUAUGAUCGAAAGCGAGUUUUGACGUUAAAAAACUCGCGUAGUACCACCGCAUAUAUCGCUACAAGAAGAAUUAUCGUGUCCUAUAAUAAAUCUCAUGUUCCUUCUUACCACCCAGAAAACAGUGAGGGCGCUUGUUAGCAUUUUCUGCUAAAUAUAUUAGGCGAGAUUUAGAGAAGGAAAGGGAAAGAGGGAAAGAGAAAGAGAGAAAAAGAAAAAAAGA